ACGUGCUGUGUGUGGUCUUUGUGAUUUUUUUGUAGGCGUUUCUCUUUCCGAAGAAGCAGGACGCCAGCUUGCCUAAUGGUGUGGUAGACAAGUAGCAGAAGGUGCCAAGUUCUAGAUCGUGUGUACGGUGAACUGACAGCAAGCUACUGUGAUCUGGAGGAACGCGCAAAUUCAGCGCUUGUUUUGGCUGGCCGUCGUUGGGGGUGCGUCAAUUGGAACAUUGUUUUGUAGGUCGCCCUACCCAAAAUCUAAUCGGAGUGGCCGGCUACGAUGGCAGAAACAACUUCCUCCCAGAACGUGCGGCUGGUGGCCGUGAGCCUAAAGAAGAGCUACUCUCCAUCGAAAGUGAAAUCAAAACUCCUUCGCUCGAUUCGGCUCUCGGAGAGACGCGAACAGAAAGCUCCGCCUAUUUCUCAUCCUCUUAGCCAGUGGCGGGAUCGCGUCCACACUCUCCCGGACUUACCAGCCAGUCAAGUGAAACAGGUUGUAUCAAACUCACGGUACAUUGUGUUUCUACUAUCUGAUGGUCGAGUGUGUAGACUGGCAGUCACGUCUUCAGCUAGUAGGAGGAACGAUGCCCACGACAAUGAGGCUGACCAGCCAAGUUUCCAGGUGCUGAGUGAUGCUGAGUACGCCAGACAGCUGGAGUCUGAACUGAGGAGUGGGAGACUAGGGGAGGGAGGGAGGAGAGGAGGAGGAGGGAGCGAAGGAAGUCGAGUGGCAAUUAUAUCCAGAGCUCCAGAGGUCCCACGGGAGGACGUUGGGCAAUUGUUAAUCGGCUCCGUACCGGUCAUGCCUCCAAUGUUGGAUCUCUCGACGCCGUUCGCCGUCCCCUCGCUCCUCUCGUUCGACUAUCCUAGCAACAGCAUGGGAGAGGUGCCCACCUCCGGACCCCUUCGUGGCUGGACCCAGUUACCACUUUCCACCUACUAUAAUAUGAACAGUGAAAGGGAAGGAAGCUCGUUGUACUACCGCCAGCCUGGCUCUAUCGCAUCACCCCUGGACGACUCCGGCGGAGGGGGUGGGGAUAGCUCCCUCGUUGGUCCAGGGUCUUCCCCGGGAACCGGUUCUAAACCCGACAAACCGGUUCAGCAGUGGCCUGCCGUCGGCUGCCUCCAGUGGGCUCUCGAUGAAACAAACGGUGACAAGACGCUAUUCUGCGACGUGGCUGCCCUCCAUUCGGAAGUUCUUCUGGUGUCGAAAGAGUCCCAGUUGCUCUACAGUUGGUCUUGUGAAGAUGAUGAAAAUCCCGCUGUAAAGCCACACCCACUUAACGAGAAACUGGGGCUCUCAGACGAAGCCAUAGCAGUGCUUGAAUCCAGCGAAUGCCGGGCUACCAUAGCAACCGUAUCCGGGAAACUGGCAACGUUCUAUGACACUUUACUCAGAGAUUGUCCGUGCUCUCCCCCAUCCCUCAUCAACUCACUUUCUCACGAGGCGACAGAGUAUCCGGAGCUGAAGGGAGACAAAAUAUCAAAACUGACCGUUUCCAAUUUUCUGACUGUAGCCACCACUUCCUCUGGACGAGUUUUCUGGUGGGGUUUAACACCUCAACCCAAGAAGGACCCCUCCCCCUCCUCACCGCCAACUCCUCAGAGGGAACGCAAGCAGGCAGGGGGGCGGGGGCAAAUUUCCGACGGUUCCCUCGUCCGUCUGAAAAACGGGCCCCCGUGUGGUCCAAAUUCAAUCGUGUUCACGAGAUCUUCCACUCACGGACCGCAAGUCGGCAGAUCUGUUUCAGUAAUGGAGAGAAGCUCAAUCGAUCCGAAGACCUCCGUCCUGGUCAAGGUUUUCCGCGAUCGAACGGGCAGCUCUUCCUCAGCCCAGUCAAAUUUCGAGCUCGCCUGUCAAAAUUUACACGGGUCGGCCAAUAUUUACAGCGGGUUGGAGGUGUGGAAAUUGAGCGACGUCGUGUUUUUGGACGAUUCUCCGUCGAUUCUCGGCCGUGUGAUCGCCGUCGAUGGAGCACAAGUUGUAGUUGAUUGUAGCUAUUCUGAAGCCGGCACCGAUCUUGGUGAAGGAACCAGCAGUGCGGCAAAGAGCUCGCUCAAAGUUUUCCGACUCAGCGACCUCGAAGGGUGCAUAGAGGGACCGGAUUUUCAGAGUAGGGGGUCUAAUAUUCACGCGGGGGAACCCUCAACUUCUAGUACAAACCCCCAACCCCCUCCUCGGGCUAUAACUCACCACGUCGCCGGCGUCGUCCAGCACAGACCCGUCUGUCUAGUCGAAUCUCUCUCCACCACUUCCUCUAAUGCGACCGGCAGAAAUACCGGUUCUUCCAAUCCGGAGCCAAUACCCCAGUCUCAGACGGGACAGUUGAGGGGAUUUCGAUCGCUGGCUGCUCACGCGACUGAUUCCGGUCCCAAUCUUCUAGUGGAGCGAAUCUCUGACCAGGCCGCUUUCCUCGUAUGCUCCGCCCACUUGACGAUGUCGGGGAUAACGGGACCUCGUUUGUCGCCGUCGGUAACCACGACACCAAGAAGAAGCGAUCGACGGUCGUUGAAGAAACGGUGAAUUCUGUUGAAAGUGGGCUCGCUGGCGACAGAUCACUCGUGCAGACCGUACAAAACUUGUCCAACCGGUUUCAAAGCGGUUCCGAGGGAGAUGUCAGUGAAAGUGUGGUCCCUAAGAAAGCAGCCGCUGUGAAACCCAGCGGUAAAGAGUCUCACUCGGGGAAGACAAGAGGGUCGUCAAGAAAAGGUAAAGGUGUGUCUUCGAUGGCCGGUAAGGGAUCGAGUCGAGGAAAACGCUCGUCGUCGACCAAACACGUGCAUUUCCAACGAGAUAAGGUUGCCGUGGAUACCGGUGCCGGGACGGUUGGUCCCGAUCCCGCUCCAAAAUCUUGUGUCACGAGUUGCGAGUUUGUACCGCUCUCCGCCGAUCAUCCGGACCUGUUUUUCGUUCGCGACGCCGGUGGUACGAUUUGGCCGCUGUUGGACGGUCUCGGUCUCGCACCCACCCCCCCUGAGUGUGGUACCACUGGGAGACCGAAGAGACCGGUACGGAGCUACCGGUGCGUCAGUGUGAGGCAAUACGCAGUGCAAGGAGAGGACCGAGUUGCCGUAUUCGUGCUAGUCCCUCAAGAGAAGACCUUACUCUUGGCCGUACAAAAUGGAUCGAUCGAAACAGUUGCUUCUAUUCUCUCUGAGAUCUGUACCCAAAUCAGCUCAUCGUCCCCCUCCACCACUAGUGCCCCUGCGAACGACAGAGGAGACGGAGUGGCUGCAAAACCGGUUACGAAAACUGGUUCGGGACCCGAGACGAUGGAUACGAGUGAAUCGCCGUCUAGUAAAACAAGUUUAGAUGGAGGUAAAGGUGGGGCUGGAGGGACGAAAGGAGCUGAAAUUGAGAGAGAAAGCAGAGCUGAGCAAACCUUCCGAAGAAAGAGAAAGAGCGAACCAUCUACUGAACCUCACGUAAGAAAGAGGAGAAAAUCGAAAGACGAGAAAGAGACAGGGAAGCAAGAAGACUCUUCGACAUCAGCAGUUACCGUGGAAAUUGGCGGGAAACUGGUUACCACGGAAAUUGGCGGGAAAACACUUCCGAUGAAAGGGGCGGGGUUUGACAACGCAGCUGUUCUUCUAGAGACUGGGGUUGACAAUUGUAACAUUCUCCAUGUCUGCUGUGGAGGUGGGGGUGGGGGAGGGGUUGGCGAGGAGCUGACUGGGAGAAGACUGGACAUACUGGACAGAAUCCUGUCCUGUAAACCUGUCAGACCUGUUAUUACCAGACUGAUGUGUUGCAGAAAUGCGUAUGGCAACGUUCCGUUCCAACACGCUCUCUGUCACCGUAACUAUGCAGCUGCUCUCAAACUACUGGAGUUUGUCACCGAGUUGUUGCCGGGUGGUUUGCAACGGGGAGUAAAACCGGUUGCAGACCGGAAAAACGAGUUUCAGAGCCUCUUCAACCGGGCCAUACUGGAUCCGGGAUCGCUCGGCGUACCGCCACUUCAUUCCCUCCUGACCAGUUUUGGAGACGCGACCGACGUAACUUCCAUGAAGCUCCACAUCUCGCGACUCCCGCAGAGCUACACCGCCCAGCAACUGCUCAAGUUGUUCCAGAAACGAUAUCCGUCCGUCUACAAGACGAGGAUUUUCAAAGCGGAAGAUGAGGAGGAGGGAGGGGAAGGGGACAGAAGUGACGACGGUGACAGUGAAGAGGAACUACAGCAGGAAGGUGGAGUGAGGCUCCCUGGUGGCAGUACAAGACGAGGCCGAGGGUUGUCACAGGCUCUCGGUGGUCGCCGUCGGCAACAGUCAUUCUUCAACAGUUCGUCGUCCUCGAUGAUGACAUCACAGAGGGGCGUGGUCUAUUUCUCUGAUCUCGACCAGUUGAGAGCUGCCUUGAAAGAAAUGCAUAAUUAUAGACUUGUGACACGGACGUCGCGCAGUGGUGGUUUUGCAAGUCAGGUGACCUCCAUCUGUUAUUUGGACGUCCGGUUGGACGAUGACUUUGGCCAAUCUGACGAUGAUGACACUAGUCUUCUCCAUGGCAACCAGUCUCUGCUUACCCUCUCCCAUGGCAACAGCUUGAGAGACAGACAAAAGCCCGACAGAGGAAAAAGUACCAGUAAGGUGUCCGCCACGCGGAAGGCCCACACACUGUUCAACAAACUCUUGAGCUACACUGAGGUUUGUACGGCCGUAACCAAGGACGGUGACACUACACUAAUGACACUUGUCCACAACCCAAAGGUGAUGGCGUCUCUCCAACAGGCCAGCAGGUGCCGGGAAGACGACACGCCCCCUGCACCAGGUUUUCCUUCAUCACGUCUUGCAUUGUCGGACAUACUCGAAGGUCGCCAUUCCACGUCACUCCAGCAGUAUGGAACCGCGAGCAAGGAGGACGAAAGAAAACUGGCCACAGCAACCAGGUCCCCGGGGUUGUGUUUACCUGUUCCUGUGGCGACGCGACUCCGUCGUCGUCCCUAGCAACCACCCCGACCCAGCCCACUGCUAGUGUUCGUCAACCGGUCUUGCAGCUAUACAAAAACCAGUUUUGAAAACUAGUUCUACUGGUACUCGAAAUGGGUAACGCGAUAGUGGUCCAGUUGCUAUCCAGGAAUUCCCCAAAAUGGUCUUGGGACAAUUUUGAAAAAGAGGACAAAACAUAGCAACUUGCUGCCGCAAAAGCAUGGCCUUCCACUUUCCAUUCGGACCUUUUGACCUCCGUUUUGCAGGAGGACCUGGAACCGUCCGAAACCGAACAACCGUAACACACACCAACAAACACAACACGAGCAACAACGAAAGCAAAAGGACGAAGGAUAGGCAUUCGUCGGUGUUGCUAGCCGCAGUUUUCUGUGUGUGGCGGCGAGGCUUCCCAUUCCCUGUCCACUGAAUCCUGGAACCGGUCGGCGACGGGCACAGUACACACUGGACGUGUACCUGAAGCCCAGUUACGCAAUCGCGUUACUCCUCUCGUCUCUUGAGCUAAUGUCUUCUGCAAAAAUACGCUACUAACAAAACCUUUGCGCGGUCCGAUACAGAGGGAUUUGCGACAAUCGGAUUGGCAGUUAACCCGAGGAGAAACUGAGGCGAUCUCAGCGUCGACUGCGAUUGAUUCCGUUAGAGCGUGGAGCAGAGGCAUUUUCAGGAGGGGAUUCGAGAUUGAUGUGUCUUUGACGUAUCUCACGGUUUAUUAAUUACCAUACGUUUGUUUCGUGAAAAUAAUAGACCUGGACUCUUUGGUUCUUGUCUGCUUAGAAUGGUUUACUCAGAUUUUGUAUGGCACCACGCCAGUCUUGUGGGGUAUGAAUUCUCCUUAGUUCAGAACCAC